CAGCAAAGUUUGCUCGUGGGCAAGGGGUCCRAAGAGUUGGAAGUACUGAAGAAUGGCUUUGCCUACCUCCAUUCGACUGGCRGAAAACUCUGUUCUGCUUCUGUUUGUAAUCUUCACCAUAAGCACAGCAGAAGCAGCUGUGGAAUGUCCUGAUAAGGAUCCUGAGCUAGAAAACUGGAACCCAGGUCACAAUGAAGAAAACCACGUCGAAAUCCGUAAUGGCAGGAAGCUCCUUCUCUCAUCUUCUGCCACUGUCCACUCCAUCCACAUCACAGAUGGAGGAAAACUGGUCAUUAAAGACGAUGUACAAUCUAUCAUUUUGCGUGCUAGACAUAUACUCAUUGAAAAUGAUGGAGAGUUACAUAUCGGCAGUGGGACGUGCCCUUACCAAAGCAACGUGGCCAUCAUCUUAUAUGGGCGAGCGGAUGAUGGCAGCCAGCCAAAUCCCUACUUUGGGCGAAAGUAUAUUGGAGUAAGUAGGGGUGGUACUCUUGAGAUCCAUGGAAAGAAGAAGUUAUCCUGGACUUUCUUAAACAAGACUCUGCAUCCUGGUGGCAUGGAAGAAGGUGGCUAUUACUUUGAAAGGAGCUGGGGCCAUCGAGGUGUCAUUGUCCAUGUUAUUGACCCAAAGACAGGAGCAGUUGUCCAUUCCGAUCGGUUUGAUACSUACAGAUCAAGAGGGGAAAGUAUACGUCUUGCCCAGUAUUUGGGCAGGGUUGCGGAUGGCAUGAUCCUGUCGGUUGCAGUGAACGAUGAAGGAUCCAGAAACUUGGACGACACAGCCAGGAAAGCAAUGACCAAACUGGGCAGCAAGCAUUUCCUCCACCUUGGGUUUCGACACCCAUGGAGUUUUAUUACUGUUAAAGGAAAUCCCUCCUCUUCUGUUGAAGACCACAUYGAAUAUCAAGGCCACAAAGGGUCAGCAGUGGCCAAAGUAUUCAAGCUGUUCCUAGCUGAGAGUGGAGAACAUUUUAAUGUCUCUUCAACGAGUGAGUGGGUUCAAGAUGUAGAGUGGACAGAGUGGUUUGAGAAGCCCRAUAAAGCAAGAUCUAAGGACAUGGAGAAGCUUUCAGACUUCAAAGCUGCUUAUCAUGAUAAAAUCUGUAGUCAACCCAUUGAUAUCCAGGCGAUGACGCUUGAUGGAGCAAACUUAACAACUGAGGUUUUUUACAAAAGUGGCCGUGAUUAUAGGUUCCUGUGCCAUGGUAAGGACCAGACAGACGAAGGUUGCCAGAACUACAAAGUACGGUUCCUGUGUGGCAAAUCUGUGAAGCCCAAGCUUACAGUGACCAUUGACACCAAUGUGAACAGCACGGUCUUGAACCUGGCAGAUGAUGUGAGCUCAUGGCAACCUGGGGACAGGAUUGUGGUUGCAAGCACGGACUACUCCAUGUACCAGGCUGAAGAGUUCCCAGUGCUGUCGUGCAGGGCUUGCAGAGCCAACCAGGUCAAGGUAGCAGGGAAAGCCACGUACCUCCACACUGGAGAAGUCAUCGAUGGCGUCGACAUGAGAGCAGAAGUGGGGCUGCUGAGCCGCAACGUCGUGAUCAUGGGCGAGAUGGAGGGGCAGUGCUACGAGUACAGCAGCAAGUUGUGCUCCUUCUUCGAUUUCGACACCUUUGGGGGACACAUCAAGAUUGGUCUUGGUUUUAAGGCUACACAUAUUGAAGGUCUAGAAUUGAAAUAUAUGGGCCAGCAGACAAUGGGACAUUACCCAAUUCAUUUCCAUAUGGCUGGAGAUGUGGACGAGAAGGGAGGCUACAACCCUCCAACAUACGUGAAGGACGUCUCCAUUCACCACACCUUCUCCCGCUGUGUCACAGUCCAUGGAUCCAAUGGUUUACUGGUGAAGGAUGUUGUGGGUUAUGACGCACUGGGCCAUUGCUUCUUUACCGAGGAUGGACCUGAAGAACGCAACACAUUUGACCAUUGCCUUGGCCUGCUUGUGAAGCCUAGCACUCUGCUCCCCUCUGACCGAGACAGCAGGAUGUGCAAGAUGAUCACAGAGGGAGCUUACCCAGGGUACAUCCCAAAGCCCAGGCAGGACUGUAGUGCUGUAUCCACCUUCUGGAUAGCCAACCCACACAACAACCUUAUCAACUGUGCAGCUGCAGGAUCUGAAGAAACAGGCUUUUGGUUCGUCCUGCACCACGUGCCCACAGGGCCCUCGGCUGGCAUGUACUCGCCUGGCUACUCGGAGCACAUUCCGAUGGGGACGUUCGCCAACAACCGCGCGCACUCCAACUACCGGGCUGGGAUGAUAAUUGAUAAUGGUGUUAAAACUACUCCAGCCUCAGCCAAGGAUAAAAGACCUAUUUUGACUCUGAUUUCUGGGAGAUACAGCCCACACAAGGAUGCUGAUCCUUUGAAGCCCAGGGAACCUGCAAUAAUUGAACGCUUUAUUGCCUACAAGAACCAGGAUCACGGGGCCUGGCUGCGGGGUGGAGAUGUGUGGCUGGACAACUGCCAGUUUGCUGACAAUGGCAUUGGCCUGACCUUGGCAAGUGGUGGAACCUUCCCUCACGAUGAUGGCUCAAAGCAAGAAAUCAAGAACAGCUUGUUUGUUGGUGAGAGUGGAAACUUGGGCACAGAGACUAUGGACAAUGAGAUCUGGGGACCUGGAGGCCUGGAUCACAGAGGAAGGACCUUGCCCAUCGGCCCGAAUUUUCCCAUUCGAGGAAUUCAAUUCUAUGAUGGACCAAUCAACGUCCAGAACUGCACGUUCCGCAAAUUCGCUGCCCUGGACGGCAGGCACACAAGUGCUCUGGCGUUCCGGCUCAAUAAUGCCUGGCAGAGCUGCCCCAACAACAACGUCACCAACAUUCAUUUUGAAGACGUCCCUAUUACAUCAAGGGUCUUCUUUGGAGAACCUGGACCGUGGUUCAAUGAUCUGAAUAUGGAUGGUGAUAAAACAUCGGUUUUUCAUGAUGUGGAUGGUUCUGUGUCUGAAUACCCAGGCUCAUACCUCAUAAAGGAAGAUAACUGGUUAAUCAAACACCCCGAUUGCAUUGAUGUGCCUGACUGGAGAGGGUCYAUCUGCAGUGGACACUAUGCACAGAUCUACAUCCAAGCCUACAAGCCAGCCAACCUGAAAAUGAAAAUAAUAAAAAAUGACUACCACAACCGACCACUGUAUUUGGAAGGGGCUUUGAGCAAAAGCACUCAUUACCAGCAGUAUCAGCCCGUUAUAACUCUGAGGAAAGGCUACACCAUCCACUGGGACAAGACAGCUCCCGAAGAACUGGCCAUAUGGCUUAUCAACUUCAACAAGAAUGACUGGAUCCAAGUAGGGUUUUGUUAUCCUAAAGGGACGACAUUUUCCAUUCUCUCAGACAUCCAUAAUCGUCUUUUGAAGAAAACAUACAAAACUGGAACCUUUUAUAGAACCUUUCAGAUGGAGAAACUGGAGCACAGACAUCCCAGCAAAGGAUAUUACUACUGGGAUGAGGACACUGGACUGCUGUUUCUGAAACUUAAAGCUCAAAACGAGAAGGAGAAAUUUGCUUUCUGCUCUGUCAAAGGCUGUGAACGAAUAAGAAUCAAAGCUGUGAUUCCAAAGACYGCUGGUGUCAGUGACUGUGAAGCCAUGGCCUAUCCCAAAUACAUCGAGACGCCGAUUGUAGAAGUCCCAAUGCCUARGAAGCUCUCUAGUGCACAACUGAAAGCUAAGGACCACUUACUAGAAGUGAAAAUAGAAACUUAUAAGAAACAAUACUUCCACCUAAAGGAUGACUUUGCACACAUCGAGGUUGAUGGUAUUAGGUUUUUCCUGACUGAGGAGGGUAUUCAACUGAUUGUGAUUGAUGGAUAUCAUGGAAAAGUUGUUGAUCGAGUAACCUUCAAGAACUCAAUUCUGCAAGGAAUUCCAGCACAAAUAGAAAAUUAUGUCAACAGCAUCAAAGAUCACUCUGUAGUGCUGGUGACAUCUAAAGGAAGAUUCAUCUCCAAAGGACCGUGGACUAAAGUACUGGAAAAACUUGGAGCAGAAGAAGAUUUUAGGUUAAAAGAAAAAAUGGCUUUUGUUGGAUUCAAAGGCAGCUUCCGCCCAGUCUGGGUGAAAAUGGUCACGGACGAGGAUUCAGCAAAGAUCUACCAAGCACUACCAAUUCCUGUGGUGAAGAAAAUGAAAUUAUGAGCACACACUGCUUUGCCUUCUGGCUACCAGCACUGCCCUGAUAGAUGGACUACUGACUGCUCACAACAGGCACAUGGCCAGAGUGCUCCAGAAAUGUAGCAUUUUGUUGUUGUUGUUUUCAAAACAAAGUCUUACUGUAAGUAGCUAGAGCGGCCACGUGUGACAGAAAAGCAUUCCCCUGUGACCAGCCUAUGUUCUGUGAUCAUCAGCUGCUGUCCUGCUGAUUUGCUCAGUGAUACCAUGUUGACUGACUCUUGUCUUACAAAACAAGGUUUGCCCCUCUGUUUUUAUAAGGUGCUGCUUUUUCAGCACCCCUGUGACAGACUGAUUUAUGUGCUGCCUCUCAAAGGGUGAGUUCUAGAUCUCAAGGCCAUUAAGGAUUAUUGUUUUUCCCAGCCUCUGAAUUGUCAUAACAAUCUUUUUCCAUAGUGUUGUUAGCUGCUCACAUAAGCACAGAAUGCCCAUUCAAAGGCUGGCUGAAAAUAGGAGAUAAAAAGAGUAUAUUUGAAUGAUUACCCAGAUGCUGGGAAACUUGGCUGCACAGUAAGAAUUUACCCUAAGGCCUCAAAGAUCUUCCAUGAAGCUCCUCGAGGUCUGUCUGCGUUGUACAUGCUAACUCAUGGCAUGCAGUUGGGGAAGAAAUGACAGAGGAGCAAAUCAAGUGCACCAGUGGGGAUUGAUGAGACCACAGCUUUCUGCCUGCUUCGAAAAGAACAGUUCUCCCAUGGGCUGUGUUUUAGUUUUUUGGGGUUUUUUUAACAGUGUUUUUUCAGGUAGGGGUUUUCCUUAGACAAGCAGCUGUAGGCUAACAGGAAAGAACUGUCAAAAAGCACAUUUUCCUCACCCUUYCCCAUGUAGUCCCUCCCUACAACAACAUUCAGGACCAAACUGGAGGGUUUAUAGCCAAAGAGAGGAUCCUGUCCAYGUCUCCAGUUUACAGCUGGGAGUACUGGGCUGCUGCAGCUUCUCCUGCUACAGGGUGGUCAUUCCACCUUUCCAGGCAGGCCAGAGGGACAGGGGCAGACUACUCUGCUGUGUGUUGCUUUCCUAAGCAUCCUCAGGCUAAGGGUGUGAGUAUCUUUGGCCUCAUGGAAGAGAUCUAUGAGGCUGCAGGCCACUGGGAGAGGAAUGUUUGAGGUCUUACCAGGCAGCUGAAGAAUUAGAAUGGGAACCCCCAUAACUAGUGGGCUCUCUUGCAUCUCCUUUCCCCCUUCUUCAAAGCAUAACCUUCAAAGCUAAAAAUCUAGCUAAUAAAGGCAGAUGAGCGUGUCCUGCUGGGACAUCUCCUGAACCUGAGAAGUUGAACAUUGUCUUGUAAAUCUUUGUAAGCACUUCAUAGAGUAGUCGAUGAUGUUUCUGUCUGUUGCUCAGAAAUGUUAGCAAAGUAUCUCCUAAGCCUGGCUAGUCUAAAAAAGCUAAGGAGGGAUAAAAUGCAGGAAGAAUAGUUUUUCAAAGCACAUGGAAUUGUCAAUAUUGCCAAAAAUAUGUGUUGUUUCCUUCUUUUACCCUUCUCUGCCACUGCUGCUACAAAAAUUGUUCUGAUUGCUGAUGGUGACRUAGUCACAAGAACUCUAAAACAUGGCAGAAGGAAGUUGUCUAUUUUUCCCUUGAUAUCCAAAACUUGUGACUAGAAUGAAGGAUGCUGUGUGUUAUUCCCAAGGCCAGACAGAAGUCAAACUCUAUAAGUCCUGUCUUCUAUUUUUAGGACAAUUGCUCCAAAAGUCAAAGCAAUCAUGAGCAAAAUUCAGGUAGUGCUGUAGGUUACCUGCCCCUCAAGCCUCUCCUGGGUUYUGAAACUGGAAAUGCUCUUUUCAGUCUUACUAUAUCUUUGUUUUGAGCAAGCUGAAUGUCAUGUGUGUUGUAUUUAAGAAAAGAAAGAAAGGAAGAAAGAAAGAAAGAUUCCAAGUUUCCCUCCCAUGCUUUUCAACAAGAGCCUCUUAAUGAAGGAGUUGUCCUUCCAGCACAAUUGUUUUUAUUCUUUAGGCAUUUGUGCCAUUCCCAGACCAGGCAAUGCAAGGCAAACAAGUAUUUUUCCAAUGUUUUAUAAUGGACUGUGGGUUUCAUCCUCAAAUCACAAACUUAUUUUAAAAAAAUGUUUCACUUCAAGUUCAAACUAGGUUAUCCAGCCCUCGCUUAUCCGAUGCCCAAAACAGAACCAGUUCCCUGAGGUCUAGCAGAUACAGUGAAAAUAAUCAUGGAGUAUGUUAGUGUGGGUUAUCUCAAUGUAUAGACCAUCCGGAGGCAGGUCUGGUCAUGCAAUUGCCCCGUCACACUGUAUCAGUGCAACACGCUUGCUCUCAAGAGACGGACCAAAACAAGCAUAUGUCUUUCUUGAGCAAUUGCUGAACUGCAUGAAGGAAAGCAAGAGUAUUCCUGCCAGGGGAUUUGGGGUUCCCCAAAGCACCACGGGGGCAGGGGUUGCACCGUUGGGCUGCGUCACUGUCCCCCUUCCCAGCUCUUUGUGUAGAUGGCCGAGAGGAUCGUGCCGCGUGGGGCAAUCCCCUAGACCAGCUUGUUCAGUGUGUUGCAUUUGUGCUGAAGUGUAGCUUCUAAUUUCCCAAGUCUUGAAAUUCUCAGGGUGAAAUCAUAAGACUCGGCUCUAGGAUUUUUUUUUUUUUUUUCCUAGAAAAAGAAAUCGCAUUAAAAGAAGCAAACUUCUAAGUAAGUAGCUUGUUCUCUCAUGCAAGGCUUAUCACAUGGGGCCUGUUUGGAGUUAGGGCUCAUGCUGUGAAUACUGAGUGUGGGAUCACUGCAGCCUGCUAAGGGUGCAGAGGGCAAUGGGGCAGAUACUGCUGUGAAAUGCAAAGGGCUCCAAGGACCUUUCUGGGGUGAAGGCAACGKCUUACUCUGAAGGCAGAAUUUAGCCUAAAGUCAACACCAAUCAGCAAUAGUUCUGUGCCAUAUGAUUGCUUUUUAAUCUUUGACUGUUCUAGAAUUUGCACUUGCGCAUCUUGACUAGGGAAUUAACUGCUUCUACUUUGUACAACCUUUUAACAGUCCCUGAACAAGCUGCAGUUAUCCUCUUUGUAAGGUUUUUAUUACCGCAUAUGUUCUCACGUUUGCCCACACAGACAGUUGCCAUUGU